CGUACACAGGUACAUCUGUACUCUAAAAGACAUCAAGAGAGUGUGUAUCUUCACAUCCCCCCGCGCGAGGAGGAGGCGAAGAGUGCGGCUCCGGGAGCUCUCAUCUUGUUCUCUCGAACUGCGUCUCUCGCGCAAUUCGAACUAAUCCAGCCCCCUCGUCUCUACGCAUCAGGUGGAUAGAAUAAAGCUCUACACCUCGUCAUGAUGCGAGGAUCCUGAAGAGGUGAGCGCGAUUAGAGUAUAUAGCUAUAUAGACGACGUACUGCGGGAAUAGACAAGUACACACUUCUACCUGUAUAAGGUCCGAUCGAAAAAUAAGUCAUCGCAUCGUCGAGGAGACCGAAGAGAAAAGUUGCAGAAGAAAACGAAGAGAGCCUCUUUGUUUACUUUUUGCGUGUGCGGGCUUGCGGCGAGCGGACAGUGUCUCCGGCCGCGCCGCCACCGCCGCUGAGAGAUAUCGAUUUCCCUGCAUCCCUCGUCUCGCCCCCCCCCCCCGCCUCCCCUCCCCGCGCUGCUGCAGCAGCCGAAAAUUGAAUCGCGCGACGUUUUUGCGCGAUAGAGUAAGUAGUGUCUUGAGGAUCUUAGAUAUUUUACUGCAGUCAAAAAGUUCUUCAUCAAGAUGUUCUUCGGGAAUCUGAUAACGGCGGUGUCGCUGAGGAAGUGCUUCUACCUGUCGGCGAUGGUGCUCGUGCUGUCCACGUUGAUGGCAGCUGUGAUAAUCGUCAAAUUGUCGCCUCUCGAAUCGGUCAAGUGUCAGCCGCAGGCCGUCACCGCUGCUGUCGAGUGGAGUACCCUGGCCAGUCAGUCGACCGAAGCCUCCACUACACAGUUGGCUACGCACGAGAAGAAGGAGUCCAACGACAGGAGGUACAAGGAGAUGAGAGAGAAGAUGGUGCAGAACAAGAUAGCCAGGAUGUCAAGGAAGAUGCGGAACAAGGUGCUGCCUCUGCUGAACAGCAGUGUUGUGGUGGAGCCCAACUACAAUGUGCACAUCUUCUACUAUGCUUGGUAUCGUUCAAUGGAGUACGAUGGUGUCUGGAAGCACUGGAACCACGAUAUACUGCCAAACUGGAAGAAGAAUGACAAGAGGGUCUUCCCAGAAGGCACUCACUUGCCUCCUGCUGACAUUGGUGCUAACUACUAUCCUAAUCUGGGGUGCUACAGUUCGCUGGAUCCACAGGUGAUCGACCUGCAUAUGAGGCAGCUCAAGGAGGCUGGUAUUGGAGUGGCUGUGGUCUCGUGGACACCACCAAGCAGCACUGACAACACCGACUCCAUAAUGCCAGAUCUGCUGGAUGCUGCUCACAGGUAUCAGCUGAAGAUUGCUCCUCACAUUGAGCCAUACCCUGGUAGAAAUCCAAUCAACCUGAUGGAACACAUCAGAUAUAUUCUAAACCAGUAUGGUUCGCAUCCGGGUCUUUAUAGAAUGAGGAGAGAAAACGACGGAGCCAUCUUACCGGUAAUUUACAUAUACGAUUCGUACGUCUUCCCAUCGAGCGCCUGGUGGGAGUUGCUAUCCGAGCGCGGCAAUCUGACUCUCAGAGGAACCGAAUUAGACGCAAUUUACAUUGGACUCCUCGUCGAUUCCCAGCAUAAGAACCACAUCAAAAAGUCCCACUUCGACGGCUUCUACACGUACUUUGGCAUCAACGGCUUCAGCUUUGGUAGCUCGUGGAAAAACUGGAAGGAUCUGAACAAGUUUGCUAAUCAGAACGGGCUGCUCUUCAUACCGAGCUUGGGUCCUGGAUACAUUGAUACACAGGUGCGUCCGUGGAACGCGGAGAAUACAAGGCAUCGCCGCCACGGCCAGUACUACGAAGUAGCGUGGCGCAGCGCCUUGAACAGCGGGGCCAGUACCAUAUCCAUCACGUCGUUCAACGAAUGGCACGAGGGUACGCAGAUCGAGCCGGCCAAACCCGCCAGUAACAAGGACUUCACGUACCUCGAUUACGAGCCCGAGGGACCCGACUUUUACCUCAGCCUGACCAAAUGGUGGGUCCAGCAAUUUGCCGACAGGCUUAAUGCCGCCUCUUCUGCUCUCAGCUAAUUUUCCUCGCCCCAAGGCUGAUCUUCAGUUACUUUUCUGUGAUUCUUUAUGUUAAUGCGUUGCUGUUGUUUUUCACACUGCAGGGUGAAGAAGUUUUUCUACAGGGUUAUCGGUCGCGUCUCCAUCCGUGGAUAGGCAUGACUCAGAUUCCAAUUUUUUUACAUAUAUUUUUAUAUAUUCGUGAAUUACAUUAAUUGUUGUUUGUAUGAUUAUUAUAGAUUUUUUGAAUGAUUUGCGCAAACGAUGCGUGCGCACACUUCGACGUUGAUUUUCGGAGAGAGCUUUAAGUGAUUCAAAGUAUUUUUUACGUACUUUUUCAAUUGUUAUAAGUUAUAUAUUCUUUGAAUAUACCAAAGAAGAAAGUUACUUGAUCGAAACGCUGGAAAUAGUGACGAAAAACGAGUUUAAUAAUGCAUUGGGCGAAAAAUUCGGAUUGAUUCGGAUUCGACUGAAUAAUUAAGCAUUUUCCAAUGUUAUAGGAUUUUAAAAUUCAAUAUAAUAAUAAAGUAUAAUUAACACUUGCCUCUACGCCGCGAACGAUUCCGGAGUUUGUAAAUGAAAAUUUAAACGAGUUUAACAAUUAAAAUUUUGAUCGAAUAUAAAACUUUACCAGACUUUAAGGAUUCCAAUCGAUCUGUCGUUUUCUUGAACGAAGAUUGUCCCGAGUAUAGUUAUAUUAUAGCGAACGAAGCCAAAUACGUUUUCGAAUAAACUUUUACGAGCACAUUUGAACUAAAAAAAAGUAUUACCGAGUUUCUUUGCACAACGGUUCACUGUUACUAUCUCACAAAGUUUCAAAUUUCUAUUCUAUUCUUAUAAAUAACAGAAUACGACUAGCAAAUUACGCACUUUUACCAUAAUAAGGAUAUAAGCGCAGAUCUUUUUCGGUGAUCCGCGAGAAAUGGCAAACGGGGUUUUCAUUCGUCGUUGACUGAACAAUUUUUUUUCUCAAUCGUCACAAACCAUUCAUAUCGCGAUCAUCACGCGCUGCAUCUCACGAUCAUGUAAUAAUCAAGUGAUUUUCGCCACUAUUAGCAGUUUUGAUGAUCUUCUUUAAGCGACUAGAUUUCGAUAGAUUAUGCGAAGGUUUUAUUUUUAUUUUGUGAUAACCGAGUGGAUCGCGUCGCAUCGUCCAAAUUUCCAUUUUCGAUUCGCGAGAGCGGCGGUGUUCUCGAGAUGUUUUUAAGCUAUAUAGAAGGCGUACGUGGAUUUUGUCGCAUUGGUCGCGGGGCGAAUUUCGUAUUCAAGAAACACGGCGUUGCGUUAUUUCCAGGCGAGCUGUAUACAUUUAUUUUUCACGAUUUCUCCUCCAAGCGAUAUCUUUUCAGGCGAACUUUGCGCUCGGCCAAUGCGAUGGGAGGAGGUGAAAUAAAAAUAAAAAUGGAUGAAAAUAUUUCUUUCGACCAAAGCUGAAACAAUAAUAAUAGCGACAUAUUAUGGCUUGUCAGAGUUUUAAGAAGAGAGACUGAGAAGUUGAAAAUAAAAAUACUAAGUGGCAUACCAUUUUAGGUGAUCGUACGUUUUGUACAGCAAGUUACACCAAAAUAUUGCAUCAAUAAUUUGCAAAAUAUAAUCUAGUCUAUACUACAGUUAUCGUUAUAAUUAAUUAACAGUAACAGUACGUUACUCGCAUGCUUUAUUUAAAUUUAAACGGUGCUAUAAGAGGUAACACUAAUGUCUAUACACUUAUGAUUAUACUAUUUACUAUUUACAAUUGUUGAUCUUUUGUAUACGAUUUUUCAUCGCUUGUUCAAUGUACGUACGGUCUCACGUAGGUUUCUCGUUCUUUUUAUCUUUCGAGCUUUGGUGUAGCUUGCACGAAGUAAAUGUGUAUUAUACAUAGACAAUAACCAGUCCCUGUCCCAACUGUUACAGGGUAACCUUCCUGUAAGAUUGUCGGGCACGAGGCCGUAAACGGAAGAUUUUGUCAAAUCGAAUUGAAUAAUUCAACCGCGCGAGAAAUUGUAAGGAAUACAUGCGCGUUUUAAGGGGAUGUAUCGUUCCCAAAUCGUUACGUUGAUUCGAUUCGACAGAAAUUUGUCUCGGCUCGGUGCGUCAUUGUAGAGCUAAAAAGAAGAGAUAAGAAUAAAACGUAUCGACAGUUGUUGCAAUUUUUCACGAAACAAACGAAGGACUAAUCAAAAGUACCAAAGAAGAUUGAGACGCUUAAUUCUCUGAAUUGAUAAACGGAUGGAAAAUUAUUUUUACUAGUAGGGGUAUAUAAGAUAGAGAGCCUAAAUUUCGCGGAAAGAAGACUGAAAGAUUGCAAAAAUUGUCGUUAAAGUAAUGGAGUUAUAUUAAAAGAAAUGGUAUUAUUGCUUUAUAAGGGUUAAAUUAACGCGAGGAACGAUCGGAAGUUUUAGAGACUCAUUUUGCGUAUCUGAGUGUUUAGAUGUAAACGAAAACAUGAUAAAUUGAAUAAGGCGAGUUAAGAAAAAUCGUAGAAGUCCGUCAAAACUGCCCAGCCACAGAAUAACGACUCGACUUCACCUCUUUUUCGACUCAUAGCUGUAGAUACGAUGUAAAAGAACCAUAAUAAGGUAGGCCUAUACCGCGAUUUUAAAAGUCCACAGUUUUCUAUAUGUAUUGUAUCCGAUAACCGAGACCUUUCAGUUUGACAGUUGUAAACCCGCUUAUACUUUCUUUGUAAUCGUUUUUCUACCUCUAUAUACGACAACAACUGUUCAGAGAAGAGGAGGUGCGAAUUAUUAGGAGUAAAAUGAUAAAUGAAAGUAACAAGAGACUUUAUCGGCUUUUAAAAUUAAAAGAAAACUGAUCAAUGGGUAUAGCUCUAUCUUACGCAACAGAUAAGCUACUAAAAUCAGAACAGAUGCGCACAAACGACACACUUGGCGAUAAACUUAUUCAAACAGACUUAUCAACAUAUCGAAACAGUUUCUCAACAUAAACUUCAACGCAGUCGUGCGAUCGAGUCCGCAGUCAAACUUCUAUUUCGAAGCUCACUGCAAUAUUGCAUCAUUUACAAAAUAAAAAUGUUUCAAGUUCAUAAAAAGCAAUUAAGCAACUAGAAGUUCCACUGCAGACGCAGUUUCCAAACGGCCGCGUCACUUCCACAAUAAAAGUAAAGUAAUCUCAACCACCCAUAAACACACACCAACACACUUUUGCGCGUGUACUCGCCAUUUAUUAUUAUCGAAUUUACAUUUGUACAAUACUCUCUGUGGAUUCUCCAGUCUGCGCUAAAAGUAUCGCUCGUUAUCUAUUAUACAUAUCGUUCUUUAAUAAUAAUUCCGAGAACAAGGUUAUAUUGGAUGAGAAAAUAAGCAAAGAAUGAGUGCAAGAGCUUUAAGCGAGCGAAUGAGUUUUUUUCGUAUGCAUGAGCAAAACGUGCGCGCGCGUGAUCGAGUACGAAUUUAAAAGCGGAGCACGCAUACGUAUAGGUACUUUUCUUUGCUCUCUCUCUUCCCAAAAGCGUUCAGCGUCCCGUAGACGAGAGACAAAUCGAACUCUUCGACGGAAGCGACACUUCGCCGUAUUUUACUUCGAGCAGCUCACGAUUCUCACGGAUAAUGGACACACACACACACGCACACACUGCAGCAUGUUCACGAAAACACAUAUACAUACACAUGUACGAAGACUCGACACGAACGAGUACAUACUUAUGCAUUUGAGCAGAGCGAAGGAGAUGCAUUUACAGGCGAGCGCGCGGACGAUUACGUGCCGAAGGGAAAGAGAGAAAAGUGUGCCGAGAACGAGACACACGCUACCAUUAAUCAAGGAAGAAUGUAGAUCUACGAGAAAGUGUAAUAAUAACGAUGUCACUCGACGUUAUGUAAGACAGAAUGAAAAUGAAACGGUAUACAUUAAAUAAAACGAUUAUUAAACUUA